AUGGAUCCGAAUAGGUGUUCCCCAGAGAGCGCUGCGACAGAUGAGCAACCACUUACUCUGCUGUGGGGGACGUGGGAGAUGUGGUGCGACAUCCCGCGCCGACAGCAAGGCCACGGCACAGAAAAUUCCAACUGGCUGGAGCAGGUAAAGAGCAUCGGCUUGUUCGACAGUGCCGAAGGCUUCUGGGGGAUAUUCAACUGCACUAUCUUGCCAUCGCAGCUUCCACCGAACAGCUCCUAUUACCUUUUUCGAAAACACAUUGCCCCAAUGUGGGAGCACGAGGCGAACCGUCGGGGCGGAAAGUGGAUCAUUCCCUUUACCAGCAAGGCGUCAGAGGGUGGGGGUGAUUUGCAGCCCGUCGAUGUGGCUUGGGAGACCCUGUGCCUCUCUGCGAUUGGGGAGCUCUUUCCUGGUGACGAGGAGGAGAUUUGCGGCGUCACUGUGAGUCGCGGGAAGCAACGCGCCUUGCCCUCUGGCCACGUGGCGCCUCUGCUAAGUGAGUGGAAACUUUGUCUGUGGACUCGCCGUGCUGACGACAGGGUGUCGCAGAUGGAGAUUGCCGAGUACAUCCGCAAGGAGCUGCGCCUAGGCCUCCUGUCGAAGGAGACGAGUAGAGAUGGACGGAACGGCGAAAUUGACACACCGAUGGAGAUGCCAUGGUCCCCAGACCGUUCUCCAGCUGCCAAGACGCGAGAGGUCUCUGGGUUUCCAUCAGCAAUCACCUAUAUGGCACACCGGGACUUGAUGGAGGCAAGGCUGGAUUUUGUGAAGGGCGGCAGCAGGGUUGCUCCAACGUUCAGGCCCAAGUACACUCUUGCAAUCGAUGUGAGGGGGUGA